UUGGUUUUGGUUAUCCAUUUAAGAACUAAAAUUCUACUGCGCGGUAAUGAAUCAAGAAUGAUUCUGGUCUUUGUUAAAUCGGAGUAAUAUUUAAUAUUUUUAUAGUUAACUUGAACGUGAAAUAUACAUACACGGGUAAUUAUGUAUAUACUAUUAUUUUUAAUUAAUUUCGUGGUUUGUAAAACCUGUCCAAUGGAAUAUAGUGACCGCUGUGAAAAUUGUACGCAGUCGUUUUGUGUUGAGUGCAAAGCAGGAUAUUUUAACAUUUCUUCGAAAUGUGCUUUUACUUGUAUUACACCAACGUGUACGUGUACCAACCAUUAUGAUUGUAUGUCUUGUAAAGACGGAUAUUACGGUAUUGGAAAUAACUGUGAUCGGAAAUGCUCAUCUGGUUGCAAUGGCCAACCAUGUGACAACAAUGGAACGUGUUUAUGUAAGCCUUAUUUUACUGGAAAUGCAUGUGACUCGUGUGUAGACGGUAUGUAUGGAGCAAAUUGCUCAAUGCAAUGCAGCCGAGGUUGUGAGGGGAGAAAUUGCAGUCGAACCGAUGGAAUAUGCACCUGUAGCGAAUAUUAUAGUGGUGAAAAGUGUGAAAACUGUAUUGCAGGUCAGUAUGGGAAUGACUGUUCAAAACCAUGUAGUCUUGGAUGCUUAGACAGCACUUGCUCAAUGACUGAUGGAAAGUGUGAUUGUAAAGACUUUUACAAAGGAGCAAAAUGUGACGUUUGUGUAAAUGGGCCUUACGGGGACGGUUGUUUAAAUUCAUCAGCAAGUAAUGAACAGACAGAGGCAGAUAAACCAAUCAUUGGUGCGCUUGUCGGUGGGGUAAUUGGUGCUGUUCUUGUAGUUGUAACCGUUGUCGUUGCUGUCAUCUUUCUCAAACGAAGAAAAGAGUUAUGCUGGAAAAUGCCACUAGGCGCAGAACAACACCGCAAACAAAUACAUACACCUCAGCCAGUUGUCUACGCUACAGUGCAGAAAAAAAGACACUCGUCUGUUCCCGCUCAGCAAAUGGAGUCCAGUCGUGGCAAUCAGGCACACCAACCUCACACUUCACUGACCGAGCGCCUUGCUGAAACUGGAAACAAAUUAUACGAAGACAUAUCAAAUGGACCUGAUGAUUCAGGCCUUGUUCAAGAGAACGUCAAACAAGAGGCAGGGCACGGAGUAAACAUGCAAACACAACACGUUGAACUGGUGAUGACAGACGAAACUACUGAAGAUGAUGGCCUUGAAAUUGAUGAAGACGACCAAAUAGCUCGAGCAACAGCAAUCACAUUUGAAGAGAAAGGCGGUAUAUAUUACAACAACGCUGAUAAAAUCAAUAAACAAAAGGUCGCUGUUAACAACUUAACGAAAUACGUGAUCGAGAAGACUGACAUAGAUAUUGAAGAAGAAUUCGAGAAAUUUCCUUACGGCUUGACAAAAUCCUACGACGACUCCCAAAAGCAAGGAAAUAUACGACGGAACAGAUAUAAAGGAAUAUAUCCAUACAACGAUACCAGGGUCAAGCUCCGUGACUGUGAGACGGAUUACAUAAAUGCUAGUUUCAUAGACGGUUAUAAAAAACGACAUGCGUACAUUGCAGCACUAGGUCCAAUGUCAAAGCAGCUUGAUGAUUUCAGUCCAUUUUGGCAGAUGAUCUGGCAAGAGAAAGUUGAGACAAUUGUCAUGUUGACCAACCUUGUUGAGGACGGAAAAGACAAGUGCGAGCAAUAUUGGCCAGACCUUGGAACAAGUAAAGUCUACGGCAAAGUCCAUGUUUCAUCCCAGAGCGAGGAUGAAUAUGCCGAGUUUACGAGGAGGGAAUACACAAUUUUAAAGGGAAGUGAAAUAAGACAGCUUCACCAUCUUCACUUUACCUGCUGGCCAGACAAAGGUGUGCCGGAUGAUGUCAUAGGAACCAUUGAGUUCAGACAGAGAGUGCUGAACCUACCUGGCCAAUUUGAUGGUCCUGUUCUUGUUCACUGCAGUGCUGGUGUUGGAAGAACAGGAACAUACAUUGCUCUAGAUAUUUUGACAAAGGAGGGAGAGGGUGAGGGGUCAAUACAUAUCCCUGGCUGUGUGAUUAACAUGAGGCACGAUAGGGCCAACAUGAUACAAACCAUGAGCCAGUAUGAGUUCUUAUAUAGAGCACUUGUCAACUCGCUGAGUGAUAUCAGCAAACCAAUAAGAGGAACACGUUUUCGCCAGUACAUCAAUCAGAUGGGGAAGAAAGGAUUCAAUCGACAGUUUCAGGAGAUGCAAACAGUUUUAGAAAAGCCGUCAGGUUAUGGAAAGCAGGCCAUGGAGAGGAAUAACAGAAUAAAAGGAGAUCGCAACAGACCUUGCAGGUUCUUUGAUAGCCCACCUGGAGCUCCUGAAUGUAUAAAUGCAGUCUAUAUCGAGAGCUUGAAAGCAAGGACUCGCUUUUUGGUUGUUCAAAGUCCCAUGAAAGAAAAUGUGAUCGACUUUCUGACACUGCUGUCCCAGGAAAAGUGUACUUGUGUCGUAAGCUUUGAACCUUACACAGACAAACAAAAGAAACAAAAUGUCGGAUUGUAUUUUCCUUCUGGAGACCACAAUUUGAAACAGGGCAUGUUUCAAGUCAGGUGUACAAAACAAGAAAACCACGGCUAUUGCACAAAAAGACUCCUAACGAUCAAACACAAUGAACACGAUGAGCAAAGUUCUGAAAGGGAAGUCACUCACUUUGAAUUCAAUGCAUGGGAUUAUACCAGUGACGUCCCGAAGUCGAGUAAGGAUUUCCUUGAUCUCAUCAAAAGCGUUGAUGCCAACUUAAGAGAAACUUCUAACCGGGGUCCGCUUCUUGUUCACUGUUUGGACGGGACUGGAAAAAGCGCCUUGUUCUGUGUUGUUUCAAUUUUGGUUGAAAAGAUGAAAAUAGAUCACGAAGUCAGCGUUGUUAAUACCAUAAGGAAAGUCAGGUCCAGGCGUACAUCAGCAAUCCCAAAUAUGGCACAGUUUGAAUUCUGUCACGAAUGCGUGUUGUCCUACAUAAAGUCAUUUGAUUACAGUCAAUAUUCAAAUUUCACUGGUAGUGUUACGAGUGUAUCUACUGCUUAGACUGAUUGCUGGCCAUGCUAGAUCAACCACAGCUAAACAGAUAAUGUAAUCUUAUGAAUACCAAAAUAGGAUAUUUUCAUCUUUCAGUGUUCGUAGGAACAAAAUUCAUUUAUACAAAAACGUAGUGUGCUUUAACUUAGUUACAAAUUGAAUCGAAUUGUCAUCGUUUGACAUCACAUGUUUUAUAAUGCAUUCGAGAUUUAUGCAACAGUGUAUUAAAUGCAAGCUGUAAUUUAACUGGAUUUUCAACCUCACGCUGUAUUUCGAUAGGAUUUGAUUCUGCCAAACGGGGUGCCAGUGUGAGCUAACACUUGCUUGUUUAAGGACAAUUCUGCCUAUGAAGGAUGUUUACAGUGAAUAUUUAUCCCUUGAAGAAAAACAUUUGAUUGACUUGUAUGUUUUGUGUUGGAUUCUGUAAUAUUUCAUUCGAUUAUAGUUUUGUAUUUGUUGAAAAAUUGUAUAAUAGUAUAGAUUUGUUAAACAUGAAGUAUUCUAAAGUAGGUACAAGAGUCGAUGUCUUGUGUGGAGAAUUAGUAAUUUUUAUUUAUUGACAAUAAAAAAAAAAAAAAAAAAAAUGUAUCAUACUCGCAUUUCCUUUGUUGGUAAUGAUUUAUGGUUUUAUCGCAUUUUUUUCUUGCAUGCUUUAUGAACGUAUAAGGGCACGCGAGCAAAUCCCAUGAUCGUAGCACGGGCUUAAUGAAGUUUAAUAGUUUAUUAUUGUAUGUAAUAAACAAAUGUUAUAGAAAUAAUUUCGACAAACAAUAUUAUUAUACAAUAUCGUUAUUUGUGUUGGGCCACAAGCUAUAUCAACAUUUGAACAGGGUUGACAGAGGCUUAUGUCUUUGAUUAUUUAACUGUUAUGAGGUAAAAGAAAAGGUUGGAAUCAAAUGGUUUUUCACUUCGUGAGCACACGAUGUGUCGGUAUUAAAAUUGAUAUGAUAGCGUACACGUUAUUUAGACGAGUGCUCCUAAUGCGUGUGAGCACCACAAUAACCAAACAAAUGAGGAUAUCUAGUCAACAUAA